CUAAAUAGAUACAUUGUAGUUCUAAUAAUUUUGAUCAUCUUUUCAACUCGAAACACCCACUGCAAAAAGAAAUUCAAAUCGUUGCUAUUUACAAAUAUUUACACCGAAUUUAAUCCAGUAUAUGUCAGAAACUACAGUGCUUGGAUAAAUAAAGAUAAUUUAUCCAUUGAUCUUGGCAUAUAUUUCAUACAAGACAUGAUUCCAGAUCCUUGGAUGAAAGUUGCUAUUUUGAAUAAAAUUCCAAAAUCCAAGAAAUUUCGUGGAAUAUUCUCAUACGAUGUGAAUAUGUGCAGCAUCUUCAACAAAAGUCCUAUUGGAUUCAAUCUAAUGUAUUUUUGGAUAAAUAAUUUAUUGAAAUACAGCGACAUGCCUAAAGAGUGUCCCAUCAAAAAGGGAAAAUAUAGUUGGAAGAAUUUGCAGCCCGAAAAGGAAUCAAUACCAGGAUUCGUUGUAUCUGGCAUUUAUCGCAUAGACUCAAUAACUUAUUUUCGUAAGGAGAAAAUUGAAUACAUAGCAAAUACUACAAUGUUGGUGGAUAUAAAAAUGAAAUAAAUUUAAGCAAAUAUUCUGUGACUAUGUAA